GUGCUCGUUCUUCUCGUGUUGUUGUACGUAAACUUGGAACUUUAAGGUUGAAAGGUAGAGUGAGUGCAUUUCCAAAUUCAUACUGUCUUGCAGCCACCGAGGGUCUACUUGGAGAUUGCAGUAAUUCGGAGUAUGUUUCAACUUGUCAUUUUUUACAGCGCAAAUUUCUAAAAAGGACCGGUGUGAACCUCUCAGUUCGCCAUGGGAAAACUGACGACAGAGUCUGGAGCUAAGACGGCCCCGGAGGACCCACCUCCCUACCCCCUGGAGCCGCUCCCGACCAAGCCUGUUCUGCAGACCAACAUCGUGAUGCCGCAGCCAGUACCGGGGGUUCCGCCGGCUCCCGUCAGGCGGUGCCCGAAGAAGUGUAAGACCGUCUCCCUGCUGUCGGUCAUCGCGGUGCUGGUGGUGGGGCUGAUCGUGCUCGGCGUUCUGCUGGGGAAGAAACACAUGAUGAUGGCGGGCAAACAUGGCUGCCGCGGGAGCGGAGAGAGGGGGGACAUGGGGAGAGACUGCGACGAGAUGGAAGACAUGGAUGACAUGGACGACAGUGAUGAGCAGGAUGGGGAGGCAGACGGACAGGACGCGGACCAGCAGGGUCGUUAUUGGAUAUCAUGUGGGUUUAUGGAACUCGGUUGUAGAAAUUGAGGCUGAUAUCGUGAGGUCAUGUCGGGACGUCGAAAUGUAGGCGGGAGCAGCUGGUUGUGUAGCCUCUACCAGGCUCCAGAGGCGGCUGGAAAGAGUAGAAAUUGGCCUAAUAGACAGACAACAUUUCAGGGGAGUUAGUCCGCUAAACGAGUACAUUUGCCGCAGCCGGCUCUGAAGCCUGUUAGAGGCUACUGUUUGCGUGUUAUAUAUUGAACCGUAGCUUUUAAAACGUUUCUGGCUAUCUAGUAAUCUUUUAGCCCUUCGAUUAUGACGAAUACCAAUAAUCUCCAUUAAGUAUGUAACUUCUCACGUAAGAGAACUCAAAAAGAAUGAAAAGAACUUAACGAUAAAUGAAGAAAAAUGUACCAGGUUGUAUACAUGAAAUUAUGUUGAUUUUGGCCAUUGAUUCGUUGUUGACAAAAUUGACAUAUUACAUAUAAAAAAUAUGUACAAAUCAUGGCGGUCAGAAGCUGCUGUCCGCUUCAUUGCUAUGGAAAGUGUGUGAACAUGCUCUGCUGUUUGUGGCCACGUCUCUUGUACCAUGUGUGGACUUAUUUGAUUAAUGACAUUUUUGAUCGAUUAUAAGCCUGUCAUCUCCUUCGGAAUCUUAAAAGUGGAUUCUAUCUUGUGUGUCGUGAGCUCAGUGCUACCGUUCAAGGAAUAUCGCUAUGUCAAAAUAUGGUUUUAUAAUAUUCUCGAUAUACUAGUUUGGUGUUAAACCUGUGACGUCUCUAUUCAGUUGGUUUGAAUAGGUCAGACAGAUUCAGAUUUUGGCGUUUUCAUGAAAAGCAUUGUCUAUGCAUGUACGUGCUUAGUGUUGCAACAAAAAAAAUGGGAAAAUUG